AUGUCCUUCAUCUCCAAGUUCCUCCACAUCAAGGGGCUCACGAGUGAGCAACAGCUGCAGACCUUCAGCCAUAGCCUGCAGGAGCUGCUGGCAGAACAUUAUAAACAUCGCUGGUUCCCAGAAAAGCCGUGCAAGGAAUCAGGUUACCAUUGUAUUCACAUCAACCAUAAAAUGGAUCGUCUGUUUGGACAGGCAGCACAGCACAUUGGACUGAGCAGUCAGGAGCUGUUCAGGCUUCUCCCAAGUGAACUCACACUCUGGGUUGACCCCGACAAAGUGUCCUACAGAACUGUAGAGGAUGGCUCCAACUGUGUGCUGUACGAGGCCUCACCAGCAGGAGCUAGCACCCAAAACAGCACCGACAUGCAAAUGGUAGACAGCAGAAUCAGCUGUAAAGAGGAACUUCUCCUGGGCAGAACAAGUCCAAAAACUACAAUAUAAUGACUGUAUCAGGUUAAGAUACAGUCUAUGGACGGAUCGUCUCAUAAUGGAUGGAUAAAUUUGACUUUUGCUUUUGGUGGGCUCCUCUUGGGGAUGGAUUAUGGAAUUUAAACCAUGUCACAGCUGUGAAGAUCUGGCACAAGAUAGAGUGGUAAAAAAA